CAAACCAACGGCGAUUCCGGCGACAACUAGCAGAUUUAGGUCUAUAAGAGCCUUCUCCACCUGGUUAUCCUUCGCAUCCAAGCUAACUCGGCAACGGAAGAGAAGAAAUUUCGAAGGCGUAGUCAUCGCAAUAUGAGUACUAAAUCUCAUCUCGUGUUCAUCCCAUCGCCGGGCCUCGGCCACCUGGUGUCGACAGUGGAGAUCGCCAAGCUCCUUGUGGACCGUGACGGCCGGCUCUCCAUCACUAUCCUUAUCAUGAAGUUGCCCUUUGACUCAGAGGUUGACUCCGCAUUGAGUCGCUCGCGGCUUCCAUCGCUGCAGGUAUCCACUUUGAUCCUCCCUCGGCGGAAUCCCUCCCCAGAUACGUCCCGAGUGGCCUUCCUCACUGACUUCAUUGAGAGCCACAAAGCUGACGUCCGAGAAGCCGUGGCUGACCUCAACAUGUGCGGCUCCCCACGGCUAGCCGGCCUUGUCGUUGACAUGUUCUGCACCACGAUGAUCGAAGUGGCCAGCGAGCUCAGCGUCCCUUCCUACGUGCUCUUCACGUCAAGUGCUGCAGCUCUCGGCUUGCUACUGCACCUCCAGUCGAUCCAAGACGAGCACCACAUGGACCUGACAGAGCUUGAGGGCUCAGACGCCGAGCUGGACUUCCCGUGCUUCAGGAACCCACUGCCUGCUGCCAAAUUCUUGCCCUCCGAUGUAUUCAUAAAUGAAGCUGGCCGGCUACUUUUGAGCCACGCCCUACGGAUAAGGGAAACAAGAGGUAUCUUGGUAAAUACAUUCACCGAGCUCGAACCACAUGCGGUGGAGGCCCUGGCGGGCCUCGGAGCGCCCCCGGUGUACCCCGUGGGCCCCAUAGUGAACAUCAAGGUUGAGAGUAGAAGGGGCACGGAAGGUAAUAACAGUCCGAAGGGUUUCGAGAUCCUGGAGUGGCUCGACCAGCAGCCAGAAACGUCUGUGGUGUUCCUGUGCUUCGGAAGCUUUGGGAGCUUUGACGAGGACCAGGCGAAGGAGAUUGCUCGCGCGUUGGAGCAGAGCAGGCGCCGCUUCCUGUGGUCCCUACGUCAGCCACCUACGAAGGGCAAGCUGGAAGCCCCCCAUGACUACGGGAAUCCGGCAGAGGUCCUGCCCGAGGGGUUCCUGGAAAGGACAGCCAGGGUUGGCAGAGUGAUCGGUUGGGCCCCACAGGUUGCGAUCCUGAGCCACCCGGCCAUCGGAGGGUUCGUGUCCCACUGUGGGUGGAACUCUACCCUAGAGAGCAUAUGGUUCGGCGUGCCAAUCGCCACAUGGCCGCAAUAUGCAGAGCAACAACUCAACGCAUUCGAGCUGGUGGUGGAGCUCGGUCUGGCGGCACAGAUCAAGAUGGAUUAUCGGAAAGAUCUUGCCAAAGGGAGCAACUUCGUGACGGCAGACGAGAUAGAGGGAGGGAUAAGGAAGUUAAUGGAGAGCCAUGAGGCCGCGGAGAGAAGGAAGAAGGUUAAGGAGGUGAGCGAAAAGAGUAGGAAGGCUUUGGUGGAGGGUGGCUCAUCUUACUUGUCUUUGGCUAGCUUCAUCGAGAAUGUCCAGAGACAAUGAGACUUCGUUUGGCUAGGAGACUGCCCGAAAGAGACUUCCGUGUACUCGCACCCCUCAGUGACCUGCCUCUGAUCAUGAAGCUGCCACGCGAGUUUCGGUCUUGCCAUUCACGACCGGACGCGAUGCCUCGCUGACUCUCGAUGGCGUGGCCACACCCCCUUUCGUUUCGAUCAUCUCCCUCGGUUCCGUCCCAUUUCCGAGACCAACCCUAGCAAGGUCUGCACCGAAGGCUGCAAGCCCAACGUACUCGCCGAGUCCUGGUCAAGUCCCAACUCACCUCAGAGCUCACCGGGUUGUCCUCGACAAGUUCUUCACGAUGCCGACGGAUGUGACGAGCGAGCUCCAGAUCCCCAUCUACGUGCCCUUGGACCCCACGGAACCGUAGAGGAUCGUUCUCAGCCGGAGUACCCAGCUGGGGUGGGGUCACACGGCGGUCUGACAGACUUCACUAUCUUUUUCCUCUGACUUUUUAUGCUGCGCUCAUCCUGCGGCCCCUCGAGAUGGAGCAUCAGCCCAGGAAAGUAAUACCCACUUUCCUUUGAGCAAGUUUCCGUUGUGGGACUUUUCGGAGGUCAUGAUUGGCAAGUGCGCUCCGUCAAUGGAAAUGUGGUAUGGAUGGAAUAUAAUUAAAUAAUCAUUAAGGAAAAAUGGAAAUAGAACCAAUAUAAAAAAAUUUAAAGAAAAUUACACCCGUCCCUCCACUGCUUUUUUCUCUUUUGUUUUAUUGUCUUUUUAAUUGUUUAUGAACUUUGACAAGGGGGAUUCAUAUUAUUUUAAUGGAUGAUGAUAGUAUAACAGUCAAUGUUAUUGUUAAAAGUAACGGUGAUAUGUGAAUCACCAGUGCUAGCAUAAAACCAGCUGCAAAGGAGGG